UGCCUAAAGUAAGUUGGCGGGGUUCCUAUCUGAAGCCUUUUGAAUUCUUGGAGGCUAGACACAAGCGUUCCAACAGGUAGCUUUGAUGUUUUCUUCUUCUACUUAGUCUGGUUUUGUUCCAUUUUCCCUUCUUUGUAGUUCGAGUGAAGUCUUGCUUGAACUGGGAAAACAUAUCGCAUGCUUUGUGCCGGCAAAUCCCCCUUAACCAUAUCCGCACGCAACACUCUAAACUGGGUUUGGUUGGGAAUGAGAAUCUGAGCUCUGUCUAACAUCUGAAAAGCUCGAAAUGAUCCACUUCAGAAAAAAGUCAAGAAGAACAAGCUAAACACAAUCUUAGAAGCUUGCAAUCACCCUAAGGAAAUGGGACAGACAAAGGGCCAUGCUGAAGCAAAGAAGAGCCAAACUUCAAACACCGAAGUUCAAAACUCGUUGAAGCAAGAGAUUCUACACCUUCAGGAACGAUUGCUGGACCAGUUUGUGGUUCGGCGUGCAUUGGAGAAGGCAUUAAGUCAUAGGCCUUUUACCCAUGAUGUAGCAGUUGAAAAUUUAAUCCCCAAGGCUGCCAUGGAAGUUAUCAAGGAGAUUGCAGUUUUAGAACUGGAAGUUGCCUACUUGGAAAAGUAUCUUCUCUCAUUGUACCGUAAAAACUUUGAUAAAAGAUUCUCGUCUUUAACGACCAUAGGUGAAGUUUUGAGACGAACCUCAGUGGCACAUAAAGAAAUGUUUCCAGAAGUUCAGGCACAUUACAUCAUGUCAGACAAAGAAAAUCUAGCUACUCAAUCUAGUGAUCUGGAGACCUCUCGGAAUUCAAUUGGCAAUCCUCCAAAGGAAUGCAGUGAUAUUUGGGGUGCAGAGAAGCUGUUAGAUUCUAGCAUUCAUCGGAGCCACUCCUCACUCUCUCAACGAUCAGCGUUUUCAGUUACUUCUCCACAGAAAACUGUGGCUACAGCUGUAGACUUGUACCAUUCUCUGCCUUUGUCCAUGUUGGAGCAAGCGCAGAUCGGUACUUCAGAUGGAUUCAGCUUGGCAGAGCAUCUCGGGAGCAGUAUUUCCCAUCAUGUUCCCGAAACACCAAACUGGCUUUCUGAGGAGAUGAUCAAGACCAUUUCAGCCAUAUAUUGUGAACUUGCAGACCCUCCUUUGAUUAAUCAUGGUUACUUGUCUUCUCCUGUUUCAAAUUCAUCUUCACAAGGUCAGGGUGAUAUGUGGAGUCCACAGUGUGGAAAAUUUUCAUCUUUCAACUCACAUUUUGACAGCCCUUUCGGCAUUGGGGAAUCCAAGGAAUUCAGUGGACCUUACUGCUCUAUGGUGAAGGUUCAAUGGAUUUGUAGGGAUAGUAAGAAGUUACAGGAUAUUGAACAUAAGCUGCAAUAUUAUAGGUCACUUGUUUGUCGGCUGGAAGAAGUUGAUGUUAGAAGGAUGAAACAUGAAGAGAAGCUAGCUUUCUGGAUUAAUGUACACAAUGCUCUGGUGAUGCAUGCAUUUUUGGUUUAUGGCAUUCCGAAAAACAAUCUGAAGAGAUUGUCCUUGUUACUCAAGGCUGCAUAUAACGUUGGGGGCCAGACCAUAAGCAUAGACACAAUACAGAGUUCUAUUCUAGGAUGUCGGUUGCCUCGUCCAGGACAGUGGCUACGGUUUUUGUUUCCUUCAAAGACCAAAUUUAAGGUUGUAGAUGCUCGAAGAGCUUAUGCAAUUGAGUCCCCAGAACCUCUUCUACAUUUUGCACUUUGUUCAGGAAGUUAUUCUGAUCCUGCGGUCCGUAUAUACACGCCCAAGAAAGUGUUCCAGGAACUGGAAGUUGCAAAAGAAGAAUACAUCCAGUCAAAUUUGAGUGUCAACAAAGAACAGAAAAUUCUGUUGCCAAAGGUUAUGGAGUAUUUUGCAAGAGAUUCUGAUGUUUGCUCAGCUGGUCUGCUGCAGAUGGUUGAGCAAUUCAUGCCUGAUUCCCUGAGGAAGAACCUUCAGCAGUCCUGCAACAGGAAAAAUGGGAAAAGCAUUGAGUGGAUCUCCCACAACUUUGCCUUCCGAUAUCUGUUUUCAAAAGAAAUUAGCGUAGUCAUAUGAUCUCUAGCCCCUUUUAAAUGCCUGAGAUACUGCUGCUUUGCAGGUUUCGAAUGACAGAUAAAUCAUAGCUGUCAACUUCAAUAGAAAGCCUGUGGCUUCAGUCUUCGACUCUUGAUCCUGUUUGAUCACUAAUAUCUCCAUUGACAAGGUUGUGAUUUGGCUGUCAUUCCUAAUUGUCUUUGAGUUAUUCAUCAUGUGCAAGCAACUAAAUGACAGAAUCAAGAGACGGGAGGGAAUCCCUGUAUGAAUUUUGUGUAUAAUAUUAUAUUAUAACUGAAA